GGUAAGAGGGGGAGUAACGAGAAUAUAGAGAUUUUUAUUAGACUUCUCUACUCCGAUCCUUUCUCUCUUUCUAUCUCCCACCUCGACGGCGUCGAGCAGGACGACGGAGUCGCCCACCCACCUCGAUCGGCGUCCGUGGCCAUGGCUGUACGCUUUCGCUACCGGAGCUCCCCCCACUUCGAGACCAUCGACCUCGCUGGUGCCGGCUCCGUCUCCGUCCGCGACCUUCGCGCCCGUAUCCUCGGCCCCGCGCUCCGCCGCCACUUCGACCUCCUCAUCUCCGACGCGGCCUCUAACCACAACGAGGACGCGCUGCUCAUCCCCGCCGGCUCCGAUCUCGUUAUCAAGCGCGUGCCCAUCGAGUUCGUGGACGGCCGCGGGGACUCAUCCGCUCCUCCUCAGGACAAAGCUGAGGAGCAGCAUGGCUGUGGGCGCAGUGAUCUAUGCGAUGGCAUUGCGUCAUUUUCGCCUCCAUUUCACAAUUUUGAUGAUCCAGAUAAGGCUCUAUGUCCUGGUUUGGAGGCUGAUGGUGCCAAGGUAGCACAAAGUUCCGAGAAAAGUUGGACAAAUCCUGCAAAUUUUGAAUAGGAAGCAUGUUUCUUGCGUAAUUCUUUCUCGAGACACAAAGAGGUGUCACUAUACGAAAAAUGUUGUAACCAUCAUUCUCCUCCAGUCAUGGUUCGGGAAAAAAAAUCUUAUGUAGUGAAUGCUAUAUGCCAUGACAGAUGCAUUCCUUCGUGUGAGAUUUUUCUUCAUGUGUUUAGUUAUUUGCUGAUUUACAUUCUCUGAUAUGUCUUGCCGAAGAUAUCUGAACAUUGAAGGAAGUGGACUUAGUGAGGCCAUGCCUGAAGAAUAAGCAUUGUCAUUUUGUUAGAACUUCCUACACCAUUAUUGAAAACAUUUUGUCCACUUUAUGGGUGACAGAAAUUGUCAUGGAUAACUCUUCUGAAGAACUUGGUUUGGAAGAAGGAAAAAGGGAAACUAAAACAAGUUUCAAGGCUAUGGAACCUAUAAAGAUGGAACAGAGUGUUGCUAAAUCCUCUCAAGUUGUAACCAACAUAGAUUUGCCAGCAGAAUUGAGAUGCUUCCUCUGUAAAAGUAUAUUUGAGCACGCUGUAAUGAUACCGUGUUGCCAGCAUAGUUUCUGCAAUAAAUGCAUAGUUUUUGCUUUGGCUGAGUUAAAAAAAUGUCCAAAGUGUUCAUCCACGAGGUGCACUACUAAUGAUCUGUUGCCAAAUUUGUCACUUCGUAAGGCCAUCAAACAUUUUCUUGAUGACCCAGGACCUAUCUAUGCACCUGAUGUAGGAUCAUGUGUAGAAGAAAAGGAGUCAUCAUGUCCAUUGUCGAUUCACCAACAAGAACAAAACUUGCUUUGUUCUCCAUCUGCCACUGGAAAAGACUUCAAUCAGCUCAUACCAAUUGUAAAGGUGAUUGAAAAAAGCUCCAGUAUUAAAAUCUGUCUAGAUGGAAAUAAACCAACUGAAACAGCUUCAACACUCCCCCGAGAAGCACCUAGGAAUUCUGAUUUUCAAGGAAGUGCAAGCUCCUCAAAGGUGUACCAAAAUAUCGCACAAGAUAGUGGUGACUUGCGUACUGUUGAAGCCAAAGCAUUGAGGAUAAGUUCUUGGGAUGCAGAUGGAAGAGGAUUUACCACACCAGCGAUAAGGGCAAGAAAGGGUGGGCGAACUUGUUACAGGUGCGGGUCUCCAAAUCACCUGAUCAGAUAUUGUCCGGUUGCAUCAAAUGUACAAUCAGAAGAUAGUGCACUCCACGGAGAUCCAUAUGGUCGACCUAAUUGGCAGGGUUCUAUGUUUCACCCUCUUCUGCCAUAUGGUAAUAUGCAUGGCACACCUGAGAUCAUUCCAUUUGAUCCAGGAGUUGUCCCGGUCUCACCUUUUGGAGUUCCUCCAUAUAUGCCAUCAUUUUAUGGAGGCAUGCAGAAUCCAUAUGCUUUUAUGGGAAUGAGAGGUAUGCCGUCUCCAAUGCUACUGGGGGUACAACUACCCUUGUCAUAUACAGGAUUGGGUAUUCAUGAUAAUGUUAAGAGUCAGAAUGCUCCAAGUGAAAGGGGAGUGAGGGAGAAUGACUAUGACAGUAAUUCAGCGGAUUAUCAUGAUGAGGAUGGUAGAACAUCACAAGAGCAAUAUCAACCAGAAAAGAGUUAUGAAAGGGGUUACCAUGAAAGUAACACAACAGUUCAAAAAAGGCACCACAAGGAUAAAUAUUGUAGCCCUACCCAUGAGAAUCUGUGUUAUUCAUCAGAUGUCGAAUUAGUUGAUCAGAAACAUCGAAAGGAAUUGGGCUCAUAUGGAAGAGAAAUGAGGAGCCACUACACCAAGCAAUCUACUUCCGAAGUGCAUGACAUCCCUAACAUCUCUAUCCACGAUACUAGGCAGAUGAACAAGCAGCAUGAUAGAAGUGCUUCAGGAAAAAGAGAUGAAAUUAGGGCAAAAGGCAAAAGUGAGUACACUGAAAAUACUCGUCAUCAAAGUCAUAAAGAAAAUAUUCGCGUGGAUAGGUCAGAUGACAGGGCACAAAUCUAGUAAAAACGCAUAUGGACAUAAACAUCGGGUCCAGGAAACUGAUUACGCGACUGACUACAGACGUGAUAGCAAGAUAGAAAGAUCUAGCCAGAGUUCAAGACAUGACAAAACAAAAGUCGGUUCUUCAGUUGGCCACGUAGGAAGGGAUAGAUGGGCGAUGGAAGAUGGCCGUCCAGAUGAUUAUGAAAGAAGGGAUCACUACCGUCACAAAACAAAGAGAAGGCAUUAAAGAAUGUACGUGAUGGUUUGUCUGUGCUCCAUUUGCAGCAAGCAAAAGAAGAAAAAAUAUCCGUAUGAACAAAAACAUUUUGCAGUGUCAACUGUGUUGUGUCCAAGAGUUUUGGCUUAUCCUGAACUUUUAUCGUCUGAAGUCGUGUAAAUCCUGUUACAUUGUUGUUAUUAGCUGUAAAUCUUGUUAGGAGUUACUUGAAGGUGUAGUUCAACAUAUUUUCCCACUUUCUGCCACAAAUGUAGGAAUGUACGACUCUAACGGUGCUGAUGUACAACGCAUGAAAAUUUCGUAGUCAUGUAUGGCAUUGUUUA